GAAUGAUGUAAUAUGCUGAUCAAUCUUGCUCAAGUAACUUUAUAUAUAAACUUGCAAAACAAUUGAAUUUACUGACUCAGAUACUGUGAAUUGUUGUGAAAUGUUGAUUAUCUACAUUAUAAUUCCACUGAUUUUAAUACGUUCAUCUCAGUCAGGAUCAUCAUCAUCACAACAAUCUAACUGCACUGAGCAACAACGAUCACCAUUUGGACGGUUUGUUUCAGCAGUGGGAACAUUUAUUAGCUUAUUAUGCUUUUUAGAUGGAAUAUGGAACACUAUAGCCGGGUUCCUUAAAGAAGCGAUGGCAAACACUGGUUGAGGAUGAACUAUGAGACUUUGAACCUGAUUUCUUUAUUAUUCAAAUCUAUUUCCAUAUUGUUUUGUUAUUGUUCAUUUUGUUACACAAUAAUAAAAGUUUAGAAGAAAGCAAAUGAAUAAAAAGUGAAGUACAUUGAGAUUAAGAAGA